AUGUGCCAAUAUGAACCUACUUUUACAACUACAAAGGAACAAAUGCAAACAGAAGAAACUGAGAAGAUAGAACCUGUAACCACUAACCAGAUGUUGGAAGAAUCUGAUGAAGGAUGGGGUAAAUAUAGAGGGGGCAUUAAAUACAGAGAGAAUUUUAUCGGAUACCAGAUAGGGUAUCAGAUCGGAUAUCAGAUAGGAUACCAGAUCGGAUACCAGAUAGGAUACCGGAUAGGAUACCAGAUAGGAUACCAGAUCGGAUAUCAGAUAGGAUACCGGAUCGGAUACCAGAUAGGAUACCGGAUAGGAUACCAGAUAGGAUACCAGAUAGGAUACCAGAUCGGAUACCAGAUCGGAUACCAGAUUGGGUACCAGACAGGAUACCAGACAGGAUACCAGAUAGGAUACCAGAUCGGAUACCAGAUAGGAUACCAGAUAGGAUACCAGAUAG